AUCCCCAUCAAUGGAAGUAUACUCUUUUUAUGAAGUAGAGAAAAUAAAAAAAAAAUGUUUCAAGGCUCUGCUUGAAUCCGGCUCUCAUUGUUCUACACUAAAACCCGCAUUUUUUUUAUUACUGUGUUGAAACUUUCUAUUUUUGGAAAGAGAAAAGUGGAAGCUAUUUCAGAGAAUUUGUUUGUCGCUGAGAAUGUGGAUUGUGAGUAUACUAGUGCUUACACAGCUCGUUCAUGGAGCUCUCUGUUGGGGAGACGAUGGUCACUACGCUGUCUGCAAAAUAGCUCAGGGUUAUUUUGAGGAAGAAACUGUAGUUGCUGUGAAGAAGCUUCUGCCUGAAUCUGCAAAUGGUGAGCUAGCAGCUGUUUGUUCAUGGCCUGAUGAGAUAAAAAAGCUCCCGCAAUGGCGAUGGACUAGUGCUUUGCAUUUUGCUGAUACACCUGAUUACAAAUGCAACUAUGAGUAUUCUAGGGACUGUCCUAAAGACUGGUGUGUGACAGGAGCAAUCUUCAAUUACACAAACCAACUAAUGUCUGCUUCUGAAAUCUCACAGAGUAUAGUCCGCUAUAACUUAACAGAGGCUCUCAUGUUCUUAUCACAUUAUAUGGGAGAUAUCCAUCAGCUUUUACAUGAAGGUUUUAUUGGAGAUCUAGGUGGUAACAAAAUAAAAGUCCACUGGUACAAUCAGGAGACUAAUUUGCACCGUGUGUGGGAUGACAUGAUAAUUGAGUCUGCUCUAGAAACAUACUAUAAUUCAAGCCUUCCACGCAUGAUUCAAGCCCUUCAAGCCAAACUCAAGAACGGCUGGUCAAAUGAUGUACCUUCAUGGGAGUCAUGUCAACUUAACCAAACGGCCUGCCCAAAUCCAUAUGCUUCUGAAAGCAUUGAUCUUGCCUGCAAGUAUGCUUACAGGAAUGCCACCGCAGGGACUACUUUAGGAGAUUACUAUUUUGUCUCUCGGUUACCCGUUGUAGAGAAGAGACUUGCACAAGGCGGGAUUCGCUUGGCGGCGACUCUUAACCGAAUCUAUUCUACAAAAUCAAAACUUGCUAGAGCAUGAAUAAAGAUCCAAUUCCAAUAAAAUCACUUGAACAUCCAAGAACACUCUUUUGUAAUGUGUAAUGGUAGUUAAGGUUAUGGUUUGCUAUUGUUCCUGAGUUUUAACUAUAAUAAGUAUGAAACCAAACUGUCAACAUCUAA